CUGAGCAGCCCAUGGUCCUGAGGCCUUACUUCAAAGGAGAGGAGGGCCCUAUGCCAUCAAGGGGACUGCUGAGGAAUGCCUCCCUGCUGCCUCUGGUUGCCUUGGCCAUAGGGUCCCAGAAUCUUAGAGCCCAGAAGAGCCUUGGAGAUGACCUGUUGUAACUUUUUUUUUUUUGCAGAUGGGGUUGCUGAGACCUGCUGUGAAGCAAUGCCUUUUACCUGAGACGCUCUGGACAGGACAGAAGUAAAGCACCUGGAACCUGCAUUUUUGGACCUGCCUCCAGAACCCUGGGAAUUUCCACCAGGGUGGUGAGCACCCCCACUGAGAAUUCCAGGCUGCUCGGAGGUCCCUGAACACAGAUAAGCUGACAGCUGUGGCUCUCUGCUGACGUCCUCCGGGGUAGGAGGUGGAGGAAGCCAGUGGCAGCCCAAGGAUCUCCAACAGGGGAACUCUAACUGUGUUUCCUGAAAGUUUGUGACACAGGUCUUUUUUUCUUUCUGACUUGCUGUCUUGCUCUGUCUCACUCUGAAGAAUGAUUGGAUACUCUGAGAGCCUUCAAUCAGCAUCCAGGGGAUUUUUUGCACCACAAAGGGUAAUUCCUGCCCCAUCCCUGCUGUGACUCAGCUGUGACGUUGAACUACACAAACCAGCAAGAAGAUAAAGUCAUCAUAUUCCUGCUCACCAGAGAGGGUGGCCCAGGCCAGAACUUACCUCUUCUCCCAGCACAGACCCACGGGGCUGGUCCCCUCUUCAGAGGAGCUAAAACAGACCCCCUGGCCAGCCUGGGACCCCGGGAUGGCCUCUGGUUCAGCCAGCAGCCCUCACCUGGCCCCUGAUGAGAAUGAGUUUCCCUUUGGGUGCCCCCCGACCGUCUGCCAGGACCCAUCAGAGCCCAGGGCCCUCUGCUGCACCACCUGUCGCUUUGAGAACGUGAGGAAUGGUGAGGAUCGGAUCUGUCCCAGAUGCAGAGGGGAUGACCCCCAGUCUGUAAGCCCAGGAAGCCCUCUGUCUCAGGAGAAGGACCACCCGGAGGUGACUGAGGCUGAAGCUGUUUGCCCCUUUGCAGGUGUUGGCUGUUCCUUCAAGGGGAACCCAAAAUUCAUGCAGGAGCAUGAGGUAACCUCCCAGGCUGCCCACUUAAACCUGCUGCUGGGGUUCCUGAAAGAGUGGAAGGCCCAGCUGGGCUCUGGCCUAAGAUCUGGGUCCAUGGCCCUGGAGCAGAAUCUGUCAGACCUGCAGCUGCAGGCAGCUGUGGAGGUGGCUGGGGACCUGGAGGUGGAUUGCUACAGGGCACCCUGCUCUGAGAACCAGGAGGAGCUGGCCCUCCAACACUUCAUGAAGGAGAAACUCUUGGCUGACCUGCAGGGGAAACUACGUGUGUUUGAGAACAUUGUUGCCGUCCUCAACAAGGAGGUGGAGGCCUCCCACCUGGCCCUGGCUGCCUCCAUCCACCAAAGCCAGCUGGACCGUGAGCACAUCCUGAGCCUGGAACAGAGGGUGGUAGAGUUGCAGCAGACCUUGGCCCAGAAAGACCAGGCCCUGGGCAAGCUGGAGCAGAACCUGCGCCUCAUGGAGGAGGCCUCCUUCGAUGGCACCUUCCUGUGGAAGAUCACCAAUGUCACCAGGCGGUGCCAUGAGUCAGCCUGUGGCAGGACUGUCAGCCUCUUCUCCCCAGCUUUCUACACUGCCAAGUAUGGCUACAAGCUGUGCCUGCGGCUCUACCUGAAUGGCGAUGGGACGGGAAAGAGGACCCACCUGUCACUCUUCAUCGUGAUAAUGAGAGGGGAGUAUGAUGCUCUGCUGUCGUGGCCUUUCCGGAACAAGGUCACCUUCAUGCUGCUUGACCAGAACAACCGCGAGCAUGCCAUUGAUGCCUUCCGGCCCGACUUGACCUCAGCAUCCUUCCAGCGGCCCCAGAGUGAAACCAACGUGGCCAGUGGCUGCCCUCUCUUCUUCCCCCUCAGCAGGCUGCAGUCACCCAAGCAUGCCUACGUGAAGGACGACACCAUGUUCCUUAAGUGUAUUGUGGAGACAAGUGCAUAGGGUGGGCAGGGCCAUGCAAGCUGCACCCAGUUCCUGAGGGAGCACAGUUCAGAAUGGGGGGUUUAGCGAGAUGAUUGAGGCCCUGCCUAUAGCGCCCAAGAUCCCAGCACAAUGAUGGGCUGCAGCUGAUGUGACCUGAGUAGGACUGACAGAUUGACUGUGGCUGGCUGUCAGCUUAGGGUGGUAGGACCUUAGGCUGGACCCACAAAGGCAAAGGGUCCAGAAGGAGUUGGUAGCAGGAUUGUUCCUCUCUGCACUGACCACACAACACUGGAGGCCCAGGAGCCACUCUAGCCCUGAAGGUGGAGGUGGACUCUGACCAAGAUGGGGAGGGAAUGGGGACCAGGCCUGGAGCAUGGAUGGUGAACAGGAGGUGUGGGACCUAGCAGAGAAGCUCUUGGGAUGGGAAGCUCUCUGCACUGGGGGAGGGCAUCAUACCUGGGGGUUGGAUUUGGAGACCUACAAGGUUCCUUUCAGUCCAGAAAGUCUCCAGUUCUAGGCCUCCUGGUGCAGGUGAGCCCCAGGACUCCAGGGGUUCUGAAAAAGUUCAGAAGCCUCCUGCCCACUGGGUUCCUCACUACUUUCAGUAGCACUAGGUGGACUGAGCUGGCCUGCACAGCACCUGCCACCUGGGCCAGGCUGCUCUACUCCCCAGCAAGCAGAUCACACAGGCCCUGCAUCUGUGCCUCCACCAGACCAACUCCACUUCCUUCAGGUGAAACCAGGUCACAGAGCUCCCAGGAGCAGCCCAAAGGAAUGUGGAGGAGAGGGCGUAAACUCUCCACCCCCCCACUCCCUUUGGGGCAUUCCAGAAUCCCAUGUCACCUGAUUCACCAAGGUAUUUACUUCUCUCAGUUGACUGACCAGGGCCUCUGAGCUACUGAGCAGAGGUUGUUCUUUUAAAUAUGUACAAAACCAAAGAACAUUUGUUUUAGUCUCUUUUGAAGUUUCCCUGAAGGAUAUGGCCAUGGGAGCUGGCCAUAACCGAGCCACCCUGGAAAAGAACACUGCAGAAUUGCAGGUGGUGCUGCAGGUAGCGCCGCAGGCCAGUGUGCCCGCAGGAGCAUCCCCUCUCGGCCUCCACCUCCUUCCAGUAAUGGGGAGGACCGCCCCAGACCUGCUUUCUGGGGAGGAGAUGCCACACAGUGGAGGCUCAAGAAAGAGCCUGGUGCCUCCCUGUCACUGCCUGGAUGUGGCCCAUCCUUGGCUUCCCACCAGGAGGCCUCACACAACCAGUUCCUUUAGGGACCCUUACCUAACUUUCCAGAGACCCUGAGACUUCAUGUUGCUAGCCAGGGCUCCUGGUCAAGACCCCGCUGUUUCCCACCAGCCUUCCUGCAGCUUCCUCCUCUACCUGCUGACCUGCAAUCACCUUCACUCCACACCUUCAGAGUCUUCAUCUGUGAAAAGGGUCCACGGCCCUGCCUGAUCUCCCUACGCAGCAUUGGUGACAAUGAUCCUCACAAAGAAGGUGAGGGAGCAGCACCGCUCAGUGGGCUCAGUGCAUCAGAAAACCCAGACCCAACCUGGGCCAUGCCUAGUAUCCCAUGUGCCUGAGCAUCUGAAAACAGGGCAGCAUCCUCCCUGGCUCUGCCCAGCUCACAGGGUUUUCACAAGGCCCAACUGGAGCUCUACUGCUUUCUAUGUACAGUGGUGCUUUGCCAUGCAUGACAGGCAACAAACAUGUCAGGACACCUUUUCUUGUCCCCAGUGCUGUUAGCCUGUCAGUAAUGAAGACUGACUUGCCUCCCCUUGACAAGGGUAAAUAAGUCCAGAUCUGGCCUAGCAGGUUAUGGGGACUUCUGCCUCAGAGCUGGUGUCCUGGCAAAUGGCACCUUUGAGCUAACAGGAUUUGUAGGGCAGGUUACUCUGAGGGGCAACUGUUGCCCUAUACCUUUACUUAUCUCUUAUGGGAAGAGACAUACUUUCUUUAAACAGUGGGAGUCACAGCUGUUCUUUGAGCAAAGCUUUGCUGAGACCUGCAGUAUCAUCCACUGCACUAGACUCCAGGGAGGGAAAGGUAAGAUGUGCACCCUACCCUCAAAUUCUCAGCUUAGUGGGAAACAGGUAUAUAAGCAUAUCAUUGAAACCAAUAUGUAAGAGUAGCUCAGAGAAAGCACAGGAUCCAAAUCCUGUGGGCGAAGCAGGGGGGCUUCAUGGAAGGGGUGACAUUUAAACACAGCCUUAAAAUAUUUUGAGAUGCAGAAGAUAGGGGUAUGGAGAGGAGUAAAGAUGAUGUGAUGGGAAGCAGUCUUGGCUACAGGUAGGGUCUGUGAGGCGGAACCAUGGCGGGGAAGGCAGAAAGGUGGCAUAGGCUGGAGCAUAGACGGCAUCGAAGGCAGUCGCAGCUGCCCAAGAAGAGCAGCACAGGCUUUGGGCAGGGGGCCCCAAAUCACCCAUGUGUGAGACCCUUUGGGCUCUGAGCAUGACCAGGAUUAAUUUAAAACAUUUACCAAUUUGUCUUCCAGCGAAGCUCUGCAUUAAGUACAGUGAACGUUUUGGCAUCUCACCUCUUAGGGGUGAUUCAAGGGGAGGGAAGGCAAGACAGGCAAAGCCAUUGUCUCACUGGACCCUCACAACCCCCCUGAGACAGGCAUCCUGCGAUCCCACCUUAAAGGUUGGGAAGCUAAGGUAGGAGAGGCCCAAGGUCAGGAUGGAGUGGGGAGGCAGCCAGAGUUAGAAACCAGGUCUUCUCUUGUUACUUUCCUUCCUCUUCAGGCUCCCUUGUGGCCAGUCUGUGUCUUCAGCUGCAAUGAGGUCCCAUCUUCAUGGAGGCCUUGGGAGGCACUGGGUCCCCCUGCUCCCCAGGAGAGCAGCCCAGCCCUAUGGAACCACCAGUGCACUCUGUGCCCUGGAGGAGAGUGUAAGCACACACAGCACUCAGGCGUUCACUCACACCCGAUGCUCACAGGCUGCCUCAGUGGUGACAAUUCUAACAUCACAGUGUCGUUGGGAGGAUGCCCAGAUUGCCGAAGACACUGGCUUUGAACUCUGUGGGGUCCCAGUCUAA